AUGUCAGAGCUUCGUGUCAUUUCUCUCGAGGAGGUUUCCAAACACAACUAUGAAGGCGUUGACAAAUCGUGCUGGAUUGUCAUCUCAGGAAAGGUUUACGAUGUCACGAAGUUUCUGAAUGAGCACCCCGGAGGUGAGGAAGUUAUCACUCAGUUGGCUGGAAAGGAUGCUACCGUCGGCUUCCUUGAUGUCGGACAUUCGAAGGAUGCCAUUGAAAUGACCAAAGAGUAUCUCAUCGGACAAUUGCCAGAGUCCGAAGUCUCGAAGUCAGAGAAAACUGCACCGAAAGUUGCUCAGUCUAAAGGAAGCCAAUCUUCUGUUCUCAAAGACUUCACUGACAUCAUGACAUCUCCAACUUGGACCAACUUUUUGAUUCCAACAACCAUGGGAUUGAUCAUCUAUACGGCUUACAAGUUCAUUUUUAACUAA